CCAGCUCCUCUGCGGCGUGCGAUGGCCGCUGUUAUGGAGGCGCUGGUGUUGGCGCGGCCCUUCCACCGUGCUCCUCGCUGCCUGGGGAGGCCGCUCCGGCGCGGGGCGGCCGGCGCGACGUACGGGCCGCUGCGCUGGGGGGCUAGCCGCGGGGCCGGGGACAGCGAGGUGCUUAGAAAAAGCCUUCGGAGGGGGCUUGUGCUUUCAACAGGGGCCUUCCUGGUUUAUGAAGCUCACAAGCUGAUUUCUGGCUUUGCUGAGGUUCAUGCAAGCUUCAGAGUGGAAGAAGUUAUAGAGCAAGCAGACUACCUGUAUGGGAGCGGAGAAACGGAAAAGCUGUAUCGGUUGCUGGUUCAGUAUAAAAAUAGUGAUGACACAGAGUUGUUAUGGCGGCUGGCACGGGCAUCACGAGACCUAGCUCAGCUCAGCAGUACUUCUGCAGAGGAGAAGAAACAACUGGCGUAUGGAGCCCUUGAGUAUGCAAAAAGGGCACUUGAAAAAAAUGAAUCAAAUUCUGCAGCGCACAAGUGGUAUGGAAUCUGCCUCAGUGAUGUUGGAGAUUUUGAAGGCAUUAAGACUAAAAUUGGAAAUGCCUUUGUUAUCAAAGAGCACUUCCAGAAAGCCAUCGAACUGAAUCCAAAGGAUGCUACAACAAUUCACCUUAUAGGCAUUUGGUGUUACACCUUUGCUGAAAUGCCAUGGUACCAAAGAAAAAUAGCUGCAACGCUAUUUGCCUCACCACCAACCUCCACAUUUCAAGAGGCUCUUCGUUACUUCCACAUGGCAGAGGAAGCUGACCCAAAUUUUUACAGCAAAAAUUUGCUCUUUUUGGGGAAGACUUACCUGAAGUUAAACAAUAAAAAGAUGGCUCUUCUGUGGCUAAGCAAAGCAAAGGAGUAUCCUGCACACACAGAAGAGGACAAACAGGUACAGAAAGAAGCUUUGGAGUUGCUUAAUUCUAUGUAACAAGACACAAGAUGAUGGGAAUUCAGUGCCUCAGAUUUGGGCAGAACAGGAAAAAGACCCCAACUACUACUGUGAUUUACUGAAGCUGUUAAUAAAAGUGUAGCCUAAACCUGCUGUCUCUAGCUUGUUUCAGUUAAACUGGCAAUUAGA